AUGACCAACCUUGCGUCCGAGCCCGAGUUUGAGCAAGCAUAUAAAGAGCUUGUUUCUAGUCUCGAAAACUCGUCGCUUUUUGAGAAGAACCCAGAGUACAAGACAGCCCUCAAGGUCUGCUCCAUCCCCGAACGAAUCAUCCAAUUUCGAGUGGUGUGGGAAGACGACAAGGGCCAACUCCAGGUGAACCGCGGCUACCGCGUACAAUUCAACUCGGCGCUUGGUCCUUACAAAGGCGGCCUGCGAUUUCAUCCCACUGUGAACCUUUCUGUCCUGAAGUUUCUGGGGUUCGAGCAGAUCUUCAAAAAUGCGCUCACGGGACUGAACAUGGGAGGUGGAAAGGGCGGUGCGGAUUUUGACCCCAAGGGUAAAUCAGACAAUGAGAUCCGCCGAUUCUGCUGUGCCUUCAUGAGCGAGCUCGGAAAGCAUAUUGGCGCAGACACUGAUGUUCCUGCGGGCGACAUCGGUGUGUCUGGGCGAGAGAUCGGUUGGCUCUUUGGACAAUACAAGAAACAGACCAAGCUGUGGGAAGGUGUUUUGACUGGAAAAGGAGGCAGCUGGGGCGGCUCUCUCAUCCGACCAGAAGCCACCGGGUAUGGUGUCGUCUAUUACGUUGAGCACAUGAUCAAAUAUGCCUCUGGUGGCACCGAAUCAUUCUCCGGCAAGAAGGUCACUAUCUCGGGCUCUGGAAAUGUGGCCCAGUAUGCUGCCCUGAAAGUGAUCGAACUAGGAGGGACUGUCUUGUCCCUGAGUGACAGUCAAGGUGCCAUCAUCGCCACCACCCCUCAGGGUAUUGACCCAGAGAUGAUCGAGAUCAUUGCGAAACUCAAGGUGGACCGGAAACAGCUUUCCGAGGUCGCCCACACCUCCGCAUUCAGCAGCAAGGUCAAAUACAUCGACGGUGCGCGACCGUGGCUACACGUGGGUCAGGUCGAUGUGGCCCUCCCCUCGGCGACGCAAAACGAAGUGUCUGGUGAGGAAGCCGAAGGUCUCAUCGCAGCUGGAUGCAAGUUUGUGGCCGAAGGAAGCAACAUGGGAUGCACAAAAGAUGCGAUCGACGCCUUUGAGGCACAUCGAAACUUCAAGAAGGAGAAAUGGGUCUGGUACGCCCCUGGAAAGGCUGCCAACGCAGGUGGUGUGGCAGUUUCAGGGCUUGAGAUGGCUCAGAACUCGGCCCGCAUCAAAUGGACCGCCGAAGAGGUGGACGAGAAACUGAAGCUCAUCAUGAAGAACUGCUUCGAGAACGGAUUGCAGACCGCCAAGACAUAUGUCACCCCGAAGGAAGAUGAAUUCCCCAGCUUGGUGGCCGGCAGCAACAUCGCUGGCUUCACCAAGGUCGCAGCAGCUAUGAAAGAUCAAGGCGACUGGUGGUAG